AUGGGUAGCUGCUUGGCCGGGGAUACCCGGUUGAAGCGCAAGCAGCGCGGCGGGGAGGUUAGCCCCCGCAGGCGCAAGAAGCUGAAGCAGCUGCUGCUGCAGAUGCAGGCAGUGCUGCAAGAGAGGGUGGCGCACGGGGGAGGACCGGGGACAGGAGGAAGAGCAGCCAAAGCAGAGGGAAAGCAGGAGGCUGCGAGUGGAGCUGUCAGGCUGGGAGUAAAGCAGGAGGCUUCAGAUGGUUCUGGGCCCUCGUGUGGCUUCACAGUCCGUCCCGACGCUCUCUGUGCUUCAAGGUGUCAUCUCUACUCCUGCUGCUGCUGUCGCUCUGCCACUCUUUGCUCUGCUCCUCCUCCUACCUCUGCUCCUCCUACCUCUGCUCCUCCUCCUACCUCUGCUCCUCCUCCUACCUCUGCUCCUCCUCCUACCUCUGCUCCUCCUCCUACCUCUGCUCCUCCUACUACCUCUGCUCCUCCUCCUACCUCUACUCCUCCGAGCUCUGCUUUCUCCCAGACUCUUCCCCCACGGCCUUCACCUGCCCAGUACCGGGCUGCCAGCACAACGAGCACCACCCGCGCUUCCUCCCCAGUCUCAUCCCCUUCCCCUGUUCACCACAACGACCAGCACCCGCGCUUCCGCCCGCUCAAGUCUCUCUCCUCGCUGCACACCCACCACCUCCGCGUGCAUGGUUCCAAGCCAUUCACUUGCUCCCGAUGUCAGGUCAAGUCCUUUGGCCUCCAAUCCGACCUGCGAGCACACGAGAAGCAGUGCGGUGUGAAGCGGUGGCACUGCUCCUGCGGGAACUCCUUCAGCAGAAAGGACAAGCUAGCCAACCACCUCAACACCUUCACCGACCACUCCCCUCUCUACAACCUCCAACCAGUCGACAUCCCCGUUCAGCCAAGGCAGAAGCAGCAGAAGAAGAGACAGCUUGAGGCACAGACGAUGCAGGUAGAGGUGCAGGCGAGGCAGCUUGAGGCGGGUGUAAAACAGGUAGAGGCGCAGGUGGAGCAGGCUGAAGCCCAGAGGAAGCAACUGGAAGCCCCUCCAAAAAACGCCAGGCACAUCAACCACGUGGCAUUCACGGAUCAGUCCCCUGCCAGUGCCAGUCACGUGGGGCGCUCUGCCAGCUGUGCUUCCGAGGGGACCCAUCCCUGGGGGCAAAACGCCGUGGAGAGAAACGCAUUGGAGAGGAGUGGCUCACAAGGGAACGAGGCGAGGAGUGGGUAUGUGUCGCUGCUGCUGCAAGAAGCGCAAGGGUUGGACCAGAAGUCUCCCUUGCAAGCAGAGGGUUUUGAGCUCCGUGAACAGGCUCAGCACUCCCAGCAGUCGCAGCAGACCCAGCAGACCCAGCAGACCCAGCAGACCCAGCAGGCCACACUGAUGGACGAGACUCAUGCAUCCCCUGCUCUCACCACCCUGCCAAUGAACACGCCUGUGCCACCCCUGCAAGCACCCAAGCCCCUGGGAAAAUGUGCCCUACCCUUACCGCAGCACCACACCUCCCCGGCCUUGCUGCAGCACCACCCCUCCCCGCCCUUGCCACAGCAACACUUGUCCCCACCCUCGCGGUCAGCACAGGUGCUUCCUCUGUCUCUGCCAACCCAGCUGCCCACACAGUCUGUCCCCGCUGCAGCCCUACUCCACCCUGCACAGUCAACGCAUUGUCCCCUCGGGAUUCCCUCCUUCCGAGCCUUUCCCUCCCUCCGAGCCUUUCCCUCCCUCCGAUCCUUUCCCUCCCUGCAAGCCUUUCCCUCCCUCCGAUCCUUUCCCUCCCUCCGAUCCUUUCCCUCCCUCCGAUCCUUUCCCUCCCUCCAAGCCUUUCCCUCCCUCCGAGCCUUUCCCACCCCAUGCACUGGCUGA